AGUCAUUUUUUGGUAUAUUUUAUUGUAACUGUUGUGGUAGUGGACGCUGAUUGUCCUCUCCGUAGCGCGAUACUCUCCACAGUGCAGGGCGAAAGCGGAUGAGACUGAAAGGGAGAGAGAGAGAAAGCGCGGCACUACAGCAGCAACUAUAACACCGGCAAACAACCAACCUUGAGCUCGUGCGUAGGCGGAGGGGGUGGGAGAAUGGAAAAAGAGCGGAGGGAAAAAUAAAGUCGUGUCUUCGCCACGAAAGCUACAAUCGGUAUAGCGCCCCAACACGCAUGCGUUGUGCUUCUAUAUCUUUUAAGUGCUUUCUAAUUAUUAUUUACUUGGACGUCUCGCAUUCAACCUCCGUCACGCUUCUCAUCGAGCUCACCGUUUUGAUUAUCUCCUUUUCUUUUGAUGUUGUUAUUCUACUUUUUUUUUGCUUCGAUAUUUUACUGAUACGUUGUUCUUGUUUCGUUUCCGUCUUGACUUCGAUCUACGGCAUUUUUUUCCUCUUCUUUGUUUUGUCUUUCUCUCUCUCUCUCUUGAGUUUGCUUCUUUUACUCGCGCGUGCAGUGAUUCUCAAAAGCGACGACAAGCAAAGGAAGAAAGGAAGAAGAACCUAAAAGCCAGAAACGCCGCGUGUCGUCCGUCAUUUGCAGAGUCAUUCUCGUGAAAUCGCUCGAAGCUCUCUAGCUGUGUGUGUGUGUGUGUGACGAUGUUACAAUGCAUAAUAAACUGCGAUCUGCACUACUGUGGGUCUUCCGUUUAUAUCUGCACAUGAUUGUUGUCGUUUUAUGCAUGGACUGCUGCCCAACCUCUAGCACCAAUGCGCGAGAAGGAGCUGAGUUUCCUGUCAUGGUUACGUCCGUCGCGCUCCACGUUGCGAAGAUGCUCGCGUGUACUUCCCCUUCGUUCUCCUCUUUCAUUCCCCUCGUUGUUGUUGUGAUUGUUGGUUGUUUCUGGACUUUCUUCUCGUGUGUCGGGACACGUUAUUAUCGUCAAUUUUUUUUUGUUUCUCCCUUGUUUGUUUGGUUGUCUUGGCGCAGUCAGAAACGGAGUGCGGCAGCAUCGCCGUGCCUUCACACUACCAGAGGGAAGCGACAUGCAUGCGAGACGACUCGACCCUCUUCAUUUCACAAGCGGCAUAGCUACUACCCCUUCCCCCUCCCCCCUCCCCCGUCUUGUGUGUAAGUGCGGUCGGUGCUGUUGUCGCUCGUGUCACUCUGCUGGUGUCGGCAUCCUCGAGGACGACGACGACGACGACGAGGUCCACCACCAUGACCAUCCUCUCCUCCUGCUGCCCUGUUGUGGGGCGCAGACGAGGUCACGCCUUCAUCGACUCUCUAAUAGGAAAAGCUCGAUGUGCAUCUACACAACAUCACGGCCCACCCCCGUCCCUGCCCCUGCGAUCGACACGCGCGAGGCACCACCGUCACGACCGUGCGAUUUCCGCAACGCCAAUGAAGCUGUAUGGGAAUCGUGGUUCCUUCUCCGCUGCAUCGCCCUCGCCCGAUCGCGAGCUCCGACGCCGCCGUUUACAGGACGCACUCCACCGCGUCACCGCUUUCCGACAGUGGUGUACGACUCAGCAGCAGCAAUGCACCUCCCCCGCGCGUCGAACUGUGUCAGCGAAGACCGUCUCAGCCGCUACGCUAGCGGAUGUAGCGGACACACAUCUCGACAGUGCACAAUCGCUGGCGUCCUCGUCGUUGUCGAACGCGGCCGACCCUUCCACGCCCCUUCCUGCCUCUUCGCACUUGAAAGCGCCGAUUCCCGCGAUGGAGCGGCGGCUGCUGACACACUACGCCGGCCUCUUGUACGAAGUGCUUCAGGCUGCUGUUCAGGUGGCCACCUCGGACUUCGCCUUUUUCUACGCGUCUGCCGUGGCCGCCGCCCUCUCGCCGGCGUCUCCGUCAAGCAACGGCGCGUUGACGAGCUUUUGUGGUAUUCCACGCUCCACCGUGUGGGAGAGUGCGGAGCCGCAGCCCGGCGCUCGAGGCAGCCGCGACAGCGAUGGGGUGGGGCAGGCGGAGCGGCGACUCGCUUACUGGGCCGGGCAGUGGCACGGCGAAGUCCUUCAGCGCCAUGGGCACCCCUCCGCGCACCGCUUGACGAAUCCGGCGGGAGAUGUCGAUGGUGCCUCCCUCAGAGAUGUGGAUAGCGACGGCGAGGACGACGGCGCAGGCGAUGGUGGCGACAAUGGUGGAGAGGGCGGUAGUCAAGAACCCUCCCUCGCACGGCUGCUUUUGCAUGGAGACUGGCCGCAAGCCUUGCGCCUUCUCACCUCCACCGCCGAAUCCGCCUCUCCCACCUCUCAGCAAGUCGAAGACCUCUUCUCUCCUGCGGCGUUGCGCCAUCGUCGGCGGGUGUGGCUGCGUCCCUCCCGCACCGCCGCGACUGUCUUUCCGCGGCUUCCCCGGCACCGCGCCACCGCACCAGUCACCGCGGUAGAGCUUCGUCUUCUUCAGUUUCCUCCCUGCGAAGGUCUACGCGUGCUGGCGCCGGCCGGUGCGCAGCCCGCAGCAACGAAGCACGGUCGGGAGUUUCUCCGUGCCGCCGCGGCGCACGAGGCGGCGCAGGGCAGGGCGCCAGGCGUGCCCCCGUCCUGUGUCGUUCGUCUGCGGCGACGCCUGUGGGUCCUUCAGCACCUCCCCCGCUCGCUGCCACCGUCGCUUCUCCGCUUUGAAGAGCCAACGCGUGUGGGUGGGGCUGCUGCAUCUGUUGCGGCUACGGGGAUGCGGGAAAGUGGACGACAGCGGCACUGCGCCAGCACGCCACGCCCCUAUCUGCUGCGGUGUGACGCGCUGGAGAAGCUGCCGUGGUACCCGCUCUGCGUGCUGGGCCGCGUCUUUGCCCUCACCACUGACGAUGAUGGAAAGAGCGUGGAUGGCCUGUCCAGGGCGGAGCGGAUAGCGGAGGUACUGCGCGGUGCACGAGGGCACCUCCGCGCGGCUCUUUUCCUCUUCCACGCCGCUGACUACGCGUCUGUACUGGACUACGUGCAUCUCUUGUUCGUGAGCCUUGGCAGCGCCAUGACGGCACACCAGGUCGCGGUGCUCACCCAGCGACGCCGUGGUGGUGGGAUUUGUACGGGCGCCGCUGCUGAUGCUGCCUCGCUCCUCGAGAGCGCGUUUGCGAACACGGCCAUCGCGCUCUUUCAGCCACCGGACCACGCAAGCUACGCAGCAGCAGAAGUAGGCGCGUUUGGUGUUCUGCGUGACGGCGGCGGCAACAACGGCAACGGCAGCGGCGCACAGAUCGCAUCUUCGGCACAGGUGGAUGUUGCAACAUGGUCCUCGCUGAUGGGUCGUGUAGAAGAGACAGAAAAGGCCGUCUCCACCGCCACAGCAGGAGCAGCAAAAGAAGCGUCCGCCGACCCCGAAGAGGUACUUCUCCCCUCUUCUUCCGGGAGCGGGCCCGACGACAUCACCGCCGUGCGUCGGGUCUCCGUGCCGACUUAUCAUCAUCUGUGCACUGCUGCUCAACGGUGGUCUAACUACCAUCGCUCUCUCUACUGCGAAACUCUCAGUCUUAUCUGCGAUGGGUCCGGGGUGGCGCUGCGCGAGAUGUGUCGCGUGCUGCGCGGUGUAACACGGAACGACGGCGAGUCGGUGGUGGUGCUCGCGCCGGAGAGCGCGGCGGCGGUCGCGACGGCGGUGCUGCUGCAACGUCUCGCCCACCCUUCCCGCAUCUCGCCCUCCCCGGUGCGAAGCGCGUCUUGCGGCGCCUCCUUCGGCGAUGAGUACCCGGACCUGCUCUUUUUCGCCAUCCCACACGACAAGGCUUUUGCCGUGGCCAGCUACUUCAAGGGUGUCUUUCACCCUUCUUUUUUCCAGCGCGUCCGCCCCGAGGCGCCGACCGCAGAGACAGCUUUAACGUCAACUGUUUCCUCUUGCUCCGCAUCUUCGGCUGCUGCAUCUUCCUCCGGCGCAUGGCCGUCGUCAACGCUGGUGCUGCCGCCGGUGGAGUGGGAGUGCAACGCACUGGCACGCCUUGUGGGGCGCUCGUUGCGGCGCGUCGACCGCUACCCCACCCGCACCACCGAGGCCUUCUUUGCGCGUUACAUCCGCGGAGACGCCUGUACGGUCGGCGCGGCGCCACCGCACGCGGACCAGCAUUCCGUCUCCGGUGAUGCGCGUCCUCCGUUGAGUGAACUACGAAGUCAGCACAGCGGCAACGGAGCCGUCUAUGCGCCGCCGCUUGCCGUGGACGUGUACACCAUUGAUCUGCGCGCGGCAGCAGCGCACUGGUGUGACACGGCGAACACCGUGAAGAACGACGUAGAGCUCUCCCACGCGACAAGAAGACGAAGAGAAGACGAAGGACCGCAGGUGGAGGGAAAAGACGCUGUGGUCCUCGUCGCAGCCCCGCCCCUGCUACCGCACGGCCUACAUGUCAUCUACAAGCCGGCCCACGUGAACUGCACCCUGCACGCCCACUACGACUCCCUGGUCUACCCCUUUCUCUCGCGUGACCUCCCCUGGCGAGGUGGGGAUCGGCAUUUGCGUGAGAAGGAGUCGAAGGCGGCAUCGGCGGACGUCAUCGGUGUUGUUCCGUCGACGCGGCAGCAAGGGCUGGUCAACCGCAUCGACGUCGGCACCAGCGGCGCGGUACUCGUUGCACGGGACAGCACAUCGCUGCAGUGUGCGACGGACGCGAUGCUGCGGCAGCACCUCACACGCAAGACCUACCGCGCCUUGGUGCAGCGAUGGCCGCCUCUGUCAGCACGCCUUCCCGCCUCGCGGUCCACUUUGAAAGCCUUUGGCAGCAGCGACGGCGGCACUCCUAUAACGACGCGAGGUGAGUCUCUCAACGACGCUUCUCUGUUCUCCACCGCACCUUUCCUAUCGUCGCUUCCGUCGGCGGUGGUGUGUGCGCCGGUGUACGCUGCAGGGGGGACGGCAUCCGCCAUUCAGCAUCAACAACAACAACAGCAAGAACCACAACAAGGGUAUGAGCUGCACGACGGGCGUCCCGGCGAGCCGCACAUCGCACAACGAAGCUCGACGCCCACCGCGUUUCUUGAUCAAGAUCCCCAUCAAAGGUACAGCCGUCUGCAUGCCGCCCUGCACGAUCGGCGCCCCGCCGUUACACGUUAUCGUGUGUUGGAGUGGUUUGAAUCGACGGGGGUGGCCUACGUGCAGGUCGACCUGGACAGCGGGCGGCGACACCAAAUACGUCAGCACUUUGCGCUGAUCGGCUUUCCACUGGUCGGCGACACCCGUUACCACCCGGGGGUGAUGGAGGGAAGGACAGGGACGUGCUUCGGUCUGCAACGUGCCGCACUGCACGCCUACUCGAUCGAGCUACUGCUGCUGCCGCCGCCACAAGCGAUGACCGCAGCAGCGGCGGAAGAGGAGCCGGGCCGCGUCGUGGUGCAGGUGCCGCUGCCGGUUGCCAUGCAAAAUGCACUGCGCACGUUGCGAGCGCUGGAGAAGGAAACGAGCAGGAGCAGACCUCCACCGACGUGA